CGUGGAAGCUUAGCAUGCCGGAUGCGACGUCAAACUCAAACUCAAACUGCUAACGUUAGUCCUAGAGACACAAACGCCAGCACGCCAUUAGUACUUCGUAGUUACCAAGUAGCAGGCCAAGCAAGGGGACCUCGCCCCACGCCCUGCCCGUCAAUGCCGUGCUUGUACAAUGUAUGGCCGCCGUCCCCGUUCAUAGCAUGUCGUCAUGCUGCAGGUCGAGCGAGAGGAGUCUCCUGGGCACCGAAUCCAAUGCUGUCCAAUGUUUCCUCUCGGUCGACGUGCUCACGGGCCCAACAGACUUCUCCUCAUUCACACACGACACGGCACCACGCGACGCGACACCACACACGACAAGCAAUUCGCCGCAUUGACCGAACGAGGAUUCCGGAGUUCCUUUCGCCUACCCGCCCCUCGAGCAACAGCAUAAGAAACACCGGCGAAAAGCAAAGUGAUACUAGACGCCAUCAUGUCCGGCACCCACCACGUCCUCGUCCUCGGCGGCCACGGCAAGAUUGCCCAGCUCCUCACCCCGCUGCUCCUCAAGCGCUCCUGGACCGUCACCAGCGUCAUCCGCACCCAGGACCAGGCACCAACUAUCGAGCAGCUGGGAACCGGCCUCCCCGGCAAGCUCAACGUCCUGGUCCGCAGCAUCGCCGACGUGGACAGCGAGGCCCGCGCUCGCUCCAUCCUCGACGAGGUGAAGCCCGACUACAUCGCCUGGAGCGCCGGUGCCGGUGGCAAGGGUGGUGCUGAAAUGACUUACAAGGUGGACCGUGACGCCGCCAUCCACUUCGUAAACGCCGCCGCCUCCUCCUCCUUCGUCAAGCGCUUCCUCCUCGUCUCCUACUCGGGCUCCCGCCGCGCCGGCGCCUCGUGGUGGCCCGCCGGCGAGUGGGACAAGUACAACGCCGAGGUCAACCACGGCGUCCUCGCCACCUACUACCAGGCCAAGAUCGCCGCCGACGAGGCCCUCUACGAGGCCUCCCGCCGCUCCGGCGGCAGCUUGGUCGGCCUGUGCCUCCGCCCCGGCACGCUCUCCAACGACCCCGCCGGCCGCAUCGAGUUCGGCAAGACGGCCCACCUCAAGGGCCAGGUUAGCAGAGAGGCGGUUGCCCAGACGGCCGAUGCCCUUCUCGCCGCCGACGGUGUCAAGAACUCGUGGCUCGACCUGCUCGAUGGCGACCAGGAGGUCGAGGCUGCCGUCACCAAGGCGGUACGCGAUGGCAUCGACACCAGCGAGGGCGAGGCCAUCCAUUCGUCGUAGGUAGCUCACACAAUCAAGACAAACACGCGACGCCUUCAAAGGUGGCCUGACGCGUCAUUCUUGGGUAGUCGGGCAGAUUCUCAAACAACACACCGACUGUGAUAUCAUGUUUCCGCGACGCUUGGGCAGAUCAGCCCAAUCGCUAGCCCGGACAGGUUGAUUCCAUCAUAGUCCUAUGGCGCCGCUAUUCCACGCAUGGAUGCAUUGAUUGCCCUGACUUAGCCGCUUCCCGGUAUUUUCCAGCUCCCAACUCAAAUCUCUCUCGUGCUGUAUGUUUCAAACAAUCAGAUCGCGUAUCUAAUCGAG